AUGUCUAAAGUGUUAAAUAAGGAAGGAGAAAUGAAUGUGCCAUCACAGGAACAUGUGCAUCUUCUAUCAUCAGACGAGGGCGGAGGCAGCUCGGACAGUCGGUCUGACAGCAGCGAAGACGAAGUUACCGAGCACGUCACGGCCACGCCCCCACCCAACAUGGCCGCUGCCAGGGCGCAGUUUUGUCCGCAGGUCCCAACCAUUAGCGUGACGCCGCACAGCCCCGGAGUGCUGGAUGACAGUCUACAGCAGCUACGGAGGCUUCAUGCGGCUGUUCAGCGCAUGAGAGCGGCGCCUCUACCCUUACUAGCGACUGGAACGAGUAGAUUGAGUACUUCGUGUCCAUCUCUCUGCAAAGAUGGCGUGGUGGAGACGGAGUGUUCGUCGCCGACGCAUCUGGAUUUCUACCCGCAGAGCAGAAAGGGUAGUGGCGAGUCCCGCCAGUGGAUGUCAUGGGAGCGACGCGAUGAAGGGAGACGCAGCUCAUGGGCGGCCCUCGAACCGACGCCUCCUCAGCAUGACGCCCAGAGGCAUAGAGGAGCAUUGAACGGACACAGCGCUUCGCUGUCGUCUAUGGAGUCCGAGGGCGAAGCGCCGCGACCUGUUCGACAUUCGACGCAUUCCUUGAACGACAACGAUCUCGCUAAAGAGUUCGAGAAAGUGACGGCAGCGUUACGCGGCGCUAGUAGCGCGGUCCCAAGUAUUAACAGUUCCAGACUACUAGCGAGGCUACCGCUGCAGAAAAGCGUCUCCACACCGAGUAUCGUGGCGGCAGUUCAACCACCACAGCCGCCUCCACCAGCUAAUAUCCUAUCAGCCGGAGGUGCGAGCGAGACAGAAAGCGAUGAGGACGCAUCCGCAGCUACUGUGGGCGCAACCUCUCAACUCACGGGGCGCAGAAAUAAUUCACAUCAAGAACAUUUGGGGUUGCACCGAUUAGCAUUUCUCGAACAAGCUGCGUAUGACCAUCACGCCGAAAAGCGACGGAAACGCGGCAGUCUAUUCUUCAGGAAGAAAAAGGACAAAUCUCGGAAGGCAGCGCACGUGUGGCAGGCGGCCGUAGCGGGGGGACACUGCGACUGGUGUCAACGGGAACUGUCCGAUAAACCGGCUCUGUACUGCGAAAAUUGUACCAUGACCGUGCAUCAAAAUGUAUGCAAAGACUACAUUGUUGAGUGCAAUAAACCAAAGUCAUCGAAGACGACCGUGGGAAAGUCGUUGAGUGCCAGCAGCGGCAAAAGCAGCAAACGCAGUUCCGUUUCCGGUCAAUCGCAGAACUCAAACAGCACAAGUAUAUACAAUGAUGAAAAGGACGGCUCUGAUCAUAAACACGAUCAAAGCAAUGCAUCUGACGACGGGGUGACAGAGUGGCCCGAGGUUUACAUUACUCCAGAUCAACUGGGUGAAGAGGCAAUACUGCUCGGGCUUGGUGCUGCUGAGCCGGAAACUUGGGCCGCUGGAGCACCUAAAGGCUUGGCCAAGAGUAUUGGAGAAAGGGAAACAAAACGACAAGAGCACAUUUACGAGCUAAUACUAACUGAGAAACACCACUGUCUCACAAUAAGGUUAAUGCAGAAGAUGUUCGUAGAAGGAAUGACCCGCCUAGCGGGAAUUUCCGACUCGCAAGUGUCGAGAAUGUUCCCGCGCUUAGAUGAACUGUGGUGCAUUCACGCUGCAUUAUUAUCCCGACUGCGCGCGAGGCAGCGAACGGCGCCGCGAGUCAACACUAUAGCUGAUAUACUGGCUGAUGCGUUCGCCUCCCCAGAUCAUCAUACGCUGAAGGCUGCUUAUGGUGAAUUCUGCUCCCGCCACCGCGAUGCUGUUGACGUGUUCAAAGAGUGUUGCGCCCGCGAACCCAAGUUGGCGAGAUUCAUCAGAAAGUGCCAACAGAACCCGCUUCUAAGAAAGAAGGGUGUCCCAGAAUGCGUCCUCUUCGUAGCUCAAAGGCUAACGAAGUAUCCCUUGCUACUGGAACCACUUUUGAAGACGGCGGGCGACGAUCUCGCGGAGAGAGAAUUGUUGCAGAAGGCGUUGUGUGGUGUGAAGGAAAUCCUAGUUGACGUAGAUAACCAAGUUGCAGCCAAAGAGAGGGAGGAUAGAAAGCUGGAAAUAUAUCACAGGAUAGACGCGAAGUCUUUUGCCAAUUUUCGUGGUAGAAAAUUCAAGAAGAGCGACAUACUACAGGGGAAUAGGAGUCUGAAGUUCGAAGGUGUAGCAACACUUAUGCAGGGUAGAAGUAAAAUGCAGACGUUGCUUGUCAUAGUUCUAACGGACGUUUUAUUUUUUCUGCACGACAACAAUAACAAGUAUACGUUUUUCACGCCUGACAACAAAGUAAG